AGGGAAUUGCGUAUGCUAUCACUUGUACUUGGAUCAGAAAUUACCGAUGCAUCAGUUGCAGCAAUUUCUAAAUGCUACUCGAAUCUCGAAUUACUUGACCUCAGUGGGUCUAGCAUAAGUGACAUGGGUUUAGGGAUGAUAUGCAAUGUGUUUCCCGAGACUUUAACAAGGCUACUUGUUGCUCUAUGCCCCAACAUUACAUCAAGUGGUAUCCAAUUUGCCACAGCUCAAUUACCUCUUUUGGGACUCAUUGAUUGUGGGUGACAAUAUGUGAAGAAAA